GGUGUGAGCUUGACGGUUGUUCCAGCUGGAGGGAGAGAGAGGGAGCCUGUUGUGGUGUUUCUGACCGAGUCCAGUCCCCCCCCCUCAGUCACGAAACAUGACGGCGAAGAAGUCUGGAUCACGACUGGAGACCGAGAUAGAGCGCUGCCGCUCGGAGGGCCAGUGGGACAAGAUACCGGAGCUGGUUCGGCAGCUGCCGGCGAAACUUAUAUCCAACGAUGAUUUAGGUGAGUUGCUGUUGGGAGAAUCCAAGCUCCAGACGUACUUGAAAGAAAAUCCCAUCAAACAGGGUUCGAGCCCCCGAGGCACACGGGCCACACUGGUGGAGGUCAGGAAGCAUCUUACGGCUGCUCUGGACCGAAGAAACCUCAAGGCCGAUUACCUCCAGGAAGCCAGCCUACUGAUGGCCAAAAUCUGUUAUAUUGAAGGAGAAUACAGUAAUGCUUUAGAUUACUACAGCCAGGUGAACCUGGACGACCUGCAGCUGACUGGAGCUCCUGUGUACAGACUGUCUAUGAUAGCAGAGGCCUACGCCACCAAAGGCUUGUGUCUAGAGAAGAUCCCGGAUUCCUCUCCCUCUCUGUCGAACUCCGGCUCUCCGUCGACCAAUCGGAGCCCGACAGCACGGGAGCAGGAAAUCAUCACCUGCUAUGAAAAGUCCGGAGACAUUGCUUUGCUGUACCUGCAGGAAGCGGAGAAGGCAUUAUCAGCAGGCAUUCAGAACCGCAGCCCGAAACCAGGACCGGCGACUCAGGAUCUGGAGCUGGGCUACUUCCUGGAGACGGGCCUGCAGAGGGCCCACGUCAUUCACUUCCAGAACGGAAACCUGACGCGGGGUGUGGGCAGAUUUCGGGAGAUUCUUCGGGCUGUUGAAACCAGAACCACCCAGAACCUUCGCAUGACGAUAGCCCGACAGCUCGCAGAGAUCCUGCUCCGAGGAAUGUGUGAACAGAGCUACUGGUCUCCUCUGGAAGAUCCUCCGUCAGUGUCACCCCUGGAUAAUCCCACGCAGCAAGGGCAUACCUACCGCAAGAACUACACCCUGAGCCGACCCCCACGAGUGUACUCCGGAGAGAAUUUGUUUUGUCCUCAGGAGAACACAGAGGAAGCUCUGCUGCUGCUGCUGAUCAGUGAGUCUAUGGCCAACCGGGAUGCUGUCCUGAGCAGGAUCCCUGAGCACAACAACGACCGGAUCAUCAGCCUGCAGUCUGCCUCCGUGGUGUACGAUCUGCUGACCAUAGCGCUGGGCAGGAGGGGGCAGUAUGAGAUGCUGUCGGAGUGCUUGGAGAGAGCCAUGAAGUUCGCUUUUGAGGAGUUCCAUUUGUGGUACCAGCUCGCCUUGUCGCUAAUGGCUGCCGGCAAAUCCGCCCGCGCUGUCAAGGUUCUGAAGGAGUGCAUCCGUCUGAAGCCUGAUGACCCCACCAUCCCACUGCUGGCCGUUAAACUGUGCAUUGGUCCACUGCACUGGUUGGACGAAGGGGAGAAGUUUGCAAAGAUGGUGAUUGACAUGGGAGAGAAGGCAGCGGAGUUCAAAGCCAAAGGUCACUUGGCCGUCGGCCUGGUUUACAGCCUCAAAGCCACUGAUGCAUCGCUGCGGAGCACGCAGGAGGACUACCAGAGGAAAGCUUUGUCGGCCUUUCAGAGAGCUCAGAGCAUGUCUCCCACUGACCAUCUGGCAGCUUUUUAUUUGGCGCUGCAGCUUGCCAUUUCCAGACAGAUCCCCGAGGCGUUAGGGUAUGUUCGACAGGCGCUGCAGCUACAAGGAGACGACGUCCACUCCCUCCACCUGCUGGCCCUGCUUCUGUCUGCCCAGAAACAUUACCAUGACGCCCUCAACAUCAUAGAGAUGGCCCUGUCCGAGUAUCCCGAGAACUUCAAUCUGCUGUAUACGAAGGUGAAGCUGGAGGCCAUGUGUAGAGGACCGGAGGAAGCGCUGCUCACCUGCAAACACAUGCUCCAGAUCUGGAAGAGCUUCUACAACCUCACCAACCCUAGCGAUUCAGGGCGUGGCAGCAGCCUGUUGGACAGGGCCAUACCAGACAGACGACAGCUCAAUGCCAUGACGCUGCCUGACUUCAGUGACCCUGACGCUGUCUCAGGUUCUUCCUCCUCCCUCUCUGGUUCUGAGCCAAUCUCUCCCACCUCCCCGUCCACCGUCUCCUCCCUCUCCUCUCCGCUGCCCUCCCCUUCAUCGCCGCUCUACAUUUUCCAGCCUCCUCCCAUUCUCACUCCAACCAGAAACCCAACCGGUCUCUCCCCUCUCCCGUCUCCUCCCCCUUCCCGUCCCCGUCCUCUUCUUCCUCCUCCACCCACCAAGACCAGGACUCACUCGUUUUGCAACCACAUUGUUCUGCAGCAGCUUUCCAACUGUAGCGGCCCUCAGGACGCUAACACUCUUGGUUUUCCCUCCAUGUUUUCUGUUUGCUCGGUGCACGCUACGUCCAUAGCAGCCAGCCGGGUGGAGCAGGCUCUGUCGGAGGUGGCCUCUUCCCUGCAGAGCAGCGCCCCCAAACAUGGACCCCCGCACCCCUGGCUGACCCUGGCUCAGAUCUGGCUUCAUGCAGCUGAGGUGUACAUCGGCAUGUCGAAACCUGCAGAGGCCACGGCGUGCACCCAGGAGGCCGCCAACCUGUCCCCCACCUCCCACAACAUGAUGUACAUGAGGGGCCAGAUAGCCGAGCUGAGGGGCAACAUAGACGAAGCCAAACGAUGGUACGAAGAAGCCCUGUCCAUCAACCCGACUCAUGUCAAAACCAUGCAGAGACUGGGUCUGAUUCUGCACCAGCUGCAGCGCUACAGUCUGUCUGAGAAAGUCCUAAGGGAUGCUGUGCAGGUCAACAGCACUUCUCAUGACGUGUGGAACAGUCUGGGCGAGGUGCUGCAGGCUCAGGGGAAUGCCGCUGCCGCCACCGAGUGUUUCCUCACCGCCUUGGAGCUGGAGGCCAGCAGCCCCAUCCUGCCGUUCACCAUCAUUCCCCGAGCGCUAUGAGACGCGGCGCAGUCCCAAACCUGCUCCGUACACACACACACACACACACGACUGCAUGCAAACAGCUGUGCAGCCAUUUCUCACACCUUGUACAUAAUGCAAAUAACAGUAUUUUCCUCUGCUGACCGUGUGUGUGCAUGCAUGUGUGUGUGCAUGUGUGUUGGUGCUGAAGCGUUUGUUUCAGUCUGUGCAUGCACCUCUGUGUAUGCGGUGCCAACACGUUUCCUGCGUCUUGUCCGUGCGCCUUUGUUGUUGUUGUAAAUACGAUGAUGUUUGCAUUCAGAAGCCUAAGAUUUUUGUUUACAUUUUUAUUUAGUCCAAAGAAACACACAGGUUUGUUCAAAAUCCGAUUACUGCCAGGAAAAUACUUUUAUUUACGUUUGCUUUAAGAGCCAAACAUUCUUGCUAAAACAACAAAAUUCACCUGUUGCUGUUAAGCCAGAGAGGAUUUCUGUUACUGUAUGGCUGGAUAAUCCACUGGAGACAUGAUCAUAAGCUCAAUCAGUCAAUAAAUGCCAAAAAACCUGGAUGGAUUUACGCAGACGACAGGAUGUUUUAGCAUUUUGUAGCAGUUUUGUCACAACGAAGCAUGCUUUAUUUAGUUUACAGAAUAUCCUCAUAUGCACAGUUCAAACACUGUUACUGACAAAUGUUUAGCAGGAAUCUGUUACAAAUUACUUGUCCAAAAUCAGGUUUUCUGUGUAAAUCCAUCCACCUCGUUUGUGUCUUUGCAUCCAGUCACAGCCAGGUUAUUUUAUUUUUAUUUUUUAUUAUUAUUAUAAAUACAAAGAGUUAUUGCUGUAUAUUUGAUGAACCCUUGUGUUUUAUUAUUUUAGAGAGUAAAUUAUGAUUAUACAGAGCGAUGCUGUGGGAGGAAAGCGAGAAAGAGGAACGGGUUCGAUGUGAUCAGUCAGUGAGUCGUUUUUGCUGUAAAUCAUUGACUGAAAUUAGAAUAAUAACAAUAAUAAAGAUCCUCGGUAAACAAAGA